ACCGACUGGCCCAAUUCAUAUGACGUGGCAGGUUCUUGCCACGUCGGUAAUUUCCCUACCUCGUAACCGCUUCGCUUGUCGUGAUAUUGAUGGAUGAUGGAUCAUUAAUUAAUUCUUCCCCAUUCCAUUCAUUGACAAAAACAAAUACCAUAACAAUAACAAGCGUGUUUCUUUCCGUUUGAGUGUAUCUUACAGACAUCGAAUUUUCUUUCCCUUAAUUAAUCCAUUGGGGAUUCGUCUUCGACGUCAAGGCCUCCGUCCAUAUCGUCCUUCUCUUCUCUCUCCGCUCCUCAGAUCCUGUCUGAUAAUAUAUUUGCAGAGUGUCUUCAGGAUCGAGCAGAGAGUGUGAGAUGACAAUGCAUCAAUAUCAGCAAUGGAGAGGAUCGUCGGGGUGUAUUCGAAACCACAUUGAUCCAGAAAGAGAGGAGCAUCUGAGAUUGAUGAAAUUAGAAGUUGAGAAUCAGGUGAAGAGGAUUUUGAAGCUGAGCAACACCAUAAACAGCGGCAACAAAGAUCGGAGGUUGAAGAAGAAGUCGGAACUGCUCACACUUUCUGAGGACUUUCAGAAGCAGUAUGACUCUCUGUACUCUUUGUACGAAGAACUAAGAGAAGAGGUCAAGCAGAAUUUUCAUAUUACAGAUGGAGAUCAUGUCGACGACGAGGAUGAUGAUCCUCUUUCUUCUUCUUCGUCGUCAUCAUCCUCCGACUCAGAUACAGAGACGUGUGAUAAUAAUCCUCCACACACGUCUCACAGUAGCAACAAAAAAAUCAGCAAUGGCAAUGAAAAUGAAGGGAGCACAACUUCAACUUCAACAGCCUUGCCCAAUCCGGAAGAAUCCGAGGUUGUCCUGAAGGAGCUGGUGAUGCUACCGGACGAGCCGGAGGACAAAGCCACAAGCUUGGAGCGACAGGUUGCUGCUAUGAAGCUCGAGGUUUCGACGCUAUUCCUGCACAAAAGCAAGCUGCGUGAGAAGCUCAAGUCCAAGAAGGCAGAAAUGAAGGCCAAGAUCUCAAGCUUGCAGCACAAGAUUAUGGAAAUCCAGGCUGCAUUUAAAGACAAUCAUCCCGACAAGAAUAUGCAGAUUGAAUUGGAUACUUUGAAGCAACACAACUCCCAACUGAUGGAACAGUUGGAAGCUCUGAAUAGCGACAGAGCUGAAAUGGAGGCCAAGCUCCGUCAAAUGUCCGACGAGAGAGCAGAUCACAUGCUUCAGCUUGAAGGCCUGAAGAACGAGCUGAAGGGCACAGUGGAGGAGACGAAAUCCAUCAAAUCAGAGAUCCAAUCAUUAAGUAAGACGAAGAGAGACCUGGAAGAGCAAGUGAAUAAAUUAAAGCAUGAAGCUCUGAAAUCAAACGUGGACAAGGAUGAUCUUUGCAAACGAAUUUCUGCACUGCAGGCGUCCAUUUCCGACAGGGAGAAACAGCUGUUGUCGGAAAGGGAGAAAUUGAACGCCUGCCAGAAUUCCAUGAUUCAGAAAAUCGACAGCCUGACAGACGAGAUCACGGACUUAACCAACACGAAGCAAAAAUUGGAAGUGGAGCUGGAGAUCAAGAAUCGAGAACUGGCAAGCAAGAUUAAACAUCAGGAUAAAAAAAUGGUGGAGCUGGAAGACGUGAUCACGAAGCUGAAGGAGGAGAACAGGCAGGCGAAAACGAGCUUAUCCCAAAUGUGCAAAUCGAAUUUCCAGUUUCUAGAGAGGAAGAUGGAGGAAACGCUGGAGGAGUUCAGGAAACAGUUCGAGGAUCAUUACAGAAUCCUGAGCAGGAGAAUCAGCGUGGCGGAGCAGCUGCAGGUGGAGUACAAGGAAUGGUACUGUAAGACGAAGGAGGUGUACGAACAAGAAACGAGGGAUCUGAAAGAGAGGACAGAGACAACGGAAAGCGAGCUGAGGAACAUGAAGGACGUGGCAGUGGUCGCAAACGACGUCGUCACGACGCUCGACGGCGUGGCUCUGCAAUUCGAGACGUCGACGGCGAAUUUCCUGAGCAGGAUUUCCAAGUCGUCGUGCGAGCUCAAGUUCGCGAAGCAGUGGGCGGCCAGGAAGAGCAAAGGCUUAUUACAAGCCCAGGAGGAAGUGGACUACUUGCUGUCGCAACUCCAUGACAAGGAAGGUGAGAUGCUGGCGAUGAGGGAGAAGCUCUGGAAGUUGGAGAAUAAGGUUAGGGAGUUGGAGAAGAUGAUGGAGGAGAAAGAGGAUGGGAUGUUGGUGCUGACAGAGGAGAAAAGGGAGGCCAUAAGGCAGCUGUGUGUGUGGAUUGAUUACCAUCGUGGUCGGUCUGAUUAUUACAAGAAGCUGUUGUCUGAUAAAAUGAGUACAGGGCAGAAAAGGCCCCGUUGAACGCCAUGGCCACCGACCUUCUGCUGUUUUUUUUCCCAGAUAGGCAACAGGGAAUGAUACUUGAUAUUGAUACUGAUAGAUUGUAUGAUGUGGAUGAAGAAGACAUGAAAGACUUCCGUACGAUGAAUCCCUGACAUGACAUGAACUUAAGGUUGUCAGUGAGUUGAUCGAUCAAUCUCGUCAUGGAUCUGGAGUCUCGGGAUGUUUGUUUCUUGAUCUUGCACGUGAUGAACGAAUAUUCCUUUUUACCCUUGCAUCGAUCAUGAAUAAGAACAUGCGUUGCAUUCAUUGAUUGAUCUAUCUGACGGGUAAAAUUGUCCCAAUAGUCCAACCUAGUUAGGUUGGAAGAUUUGGGAAAUAAUUGGACAAUUAUUUGACAGAGAGAAGUGCAGAGUAUCGUCCACUUGAUU